AGCGCUGUUGCCUGAUGUGUCAAGAUGGCAGAGCUAACAACAAUAGAGAGCCUGCUGGAGAUGGGCUUUGAAAGAAAUAGAGCGGAAAAGGCGGUUGCCAGCACAGGAAACCAGGGAAUAGAACAAGCCAUGGACUGGCUGAUGGGGCAUGAGAACGACCCAGACAUUGAUGAGCCCUUCGUGCCGCCUGUUGGGAAUGUCCUGGGAGGAGAAGCAGACAGCCAGUCGACCACGGAGCAGCCGGCACUAGCCGACACCGCUGAAGGGACAGCAGGUGGAAAAGGCAGCUGUGAGGAUGAUGACACAAGUGCAAGGAUGCCAAUGUCGGAGGAGGAGAAACUUGACCAAGUGAGAAGGCUAGAGGAGCUGAUGCGGGUGAAGCAGGCGGAGAGGCGAGAGCGAGAGCGGGUAGAAGAGAUGGAGCGGGAGAAGCAGCGGCGGAAACAGGGCCAAGAGAUGCAGCAUAUUCGCCAAAAGCUGCAGGAUGAUGAUAUGAAAAAGCUUACUGAUAAGCGCAUGAAAGAGAAGAUGGAGGACAAAAUGGCAAGGCAAAGGGUUAAAGACAAGAUUGCACGAGACCGAGAGGAGAGAGCACUAAAGUUUGGAGCCAGUGUACUCACGAGCACCGCAGCACCGUCUCAACCGGCCCAGCCCAGCCCCUCGUCACCCACCAGUCACGGCCCUCCCCCCACCAAGAAGGAGUAUGACGAGUCCAGGAUACAGGUACGUCUGCUGGACGGCUCAACCAUCACCGCAGUCUUCAAGUCCCAGGAGCCGCUGGCGGCAGUGCGCGUCUACGUGCAGGUGAACGGCAACACACCCGAGGGUCAAGACUUCACACUGCUGUCGCCCUACCCCCGCCAAGUCUACACCGAACUGGACAUGGAGAAGCCCCUCAAAGAACUGGGUUUGGUGCCUUCAGCUGUGCUGGUUGUUGCCAAAAAGUAAGAUCAGGAGGAUCUGCUCCGUGAGCCUACCUCACCGCUUCAUCAACAGCAGACACAGCAGACACAGACGGACCCGGGAACAGAGCCACCACCUCGUAGUAUCACUCAAGUCAGCUAACUGAACUACAGCAGAGAAAUGUAGCUCAAGGCUGCUUUAAGAUCGUUUCUAUAUACUCUUAAGAAGUUUACAGCGAUAAACAGUUAGAACUCACUGAAUGAGGCCCAUUCUGGGCCCGAUAUAAUUUGUUUUUUGUGCAAUGAGAUGGACUUUUACUUACUCAAGAACAAAGUGAAGAUAGCUGGCUUGUGAUGGAUACUGCAUCAUGUUGUCGACAACACAUUUAUAAAAGUUAUUCAAAACCAAAUUGUUUCAUUUUAACCUGAUCUUUACAAAGCAAAGUACCAGACAAGAUCUUCUUGAAAAGGCCUUAAAUUUAAGCCACACGAUCUUCCUGAUUUUGUGACUCCUUUUUUUUUUUAUAAGUUAAAAUAUAUAGAUGACAGUUAUGUCCGCAUAAUCUCCAAGAAUAUACUUAAAAUAAAGCUGACUCGGAAAAUAAAGACGUUUGACUGAA